UGAGCGAGAAAGAGAAAAAGAGAGAGUGUGCAAGAGAGAAAGAGAAAGAGAAAGAGAGAGAGAGAGAGAGAAAAAGAGUUGUCUAGAAAAUAUCUCGCGUACGUUUAGUCGCGUUAAUAACGGCAUAGAAAAAAAGUUUGUUUUAGCGUUUGUUUGAUAAUAGUGGAAAGGAAAUAUAAGUGGAUAAAAAAGAAGAAAUAAUAAAACAAGGACGAGAAAUAGUGUUCUCCAAAUCAAAGAUAAUUAAAUAUGCGUUUGUUCAUCGCAGAAUACUGCAAGUGUCAUGCAUUUUGCAACAGGGAAUGACUCGCGAUACGCCAAAAAUAAGCGGCCCAUAACAGGUCCGUCGUUGUGAUGGCUGAAAUCGAUGAAAGAUCAUUGAGUUAAUCGAAAGGAUUCGUGCUCUUUGCCCCCCUUUGACUUUUUGGUUAGUGGCCUCGAUCUCGCGAACAUCUGGAUUGUGUAAAGAUUGUGAUAUUAGGAAUUAUACCUGAAACAAAGUUUAUAUAGGUAGUUACUGAUUUAUUAAUAUUCCAAUUGGGAUACUCGUUGACCGUGGAUCAAGGAAAAGGAUGUCACUAAAACCCAAGCGAGUAGAUUUCACAAGAACCUGGGACGUUUUGCAAGAAACCGUUAAAGGAGUAAUAACCUUGGCUAACGUCCCACGUGCAACAUGGAACGACAGAUUUAGCGAUGUAUAUUCCUUGUGCGUUGCAUAUCCAGAACCAUUGGCAGAUAGAUUAUACAAUGAAACAAAAAGGUUUUUGGAUAAUCAUGUUUCUCAAUUAUUAACAAAAGUUCGUGCUCAAGGUGAAACUGGUUUGCUUCAGGCUUACCAUCGAGCCUGGACAGAAUAUUCGCAAGGCAUAAACUAUCUACAUUGUCUGUAUUUAUAUUUAAAUCAACAACACAUUAAAAUGCAGAAAUUAUCCGAAGCAGAGCUUUUUUAUGGAAGUUCUUCUACUAUGUCCGCCGAUUGUCAAGAGCAGAUGGAAAUCGGUGAAUUAGGCUUAGAUAUCUGGAAGAAAAAAAUGAUAGCGCCACUCAAAAAGGCUCUUGUCGCUCUUGUCCUAGAUAGUAUUAACGCAGACAGGAUAGGAGAAGCACCACCUGCUACAACCGAUGUGAUUUGUGGAGUGAUACAGAGUUUUGUGCGGGUAGAAGAAUAUAAAGUGAAAGGACAACUAGAUAUGUAUCAAGAAAUAUUUGAAAAACCAUUUUUGGAAACUACCGGAGAUUUUUAUGCGAGGGAAGCAUCCGAAUUGUUGCAACAAUCUGAUGUUACUCGUUACAUGGAAAGAGUUUCUUGGCGACUUAAUCUAGAAGAACUUCGCACUUACAAGUUUCUUCACAGUAGUUCAAUGCCCAAAGUAACUCAAUGUUGUGAAGAAAAAAUGGUAGCUGCGCAUCUUUCUUGGUUACACGCGGAAGCAGAAGCAAUGAUACAAAAUGAACGCAAAUGGGACUUAAAAUUACUUUAUGCUUUAUUAAGGCCAUUACCAUCCGGAUUAGCUCCGCUCGUACAAAAAUUUACUCAACAUAUCACGCAGCAGGGAUUACAAGCGAUUGGUUCGUUACAAGGUGAAAAUGUAUACACUCAAUUUGUAGAAAGCAUACUAGAUGUGCAUACUAAAUAUUCCUUAUUAAUUGGAGAAGUAUUCAAAGGAGAUCAAGCUUUUAUAAGCGCACUCGAUAAAGCAUGUUCGGCUGUCGUCAAUCAUAGACCAGUUCCACGCCAACCAGCUCGAGCACCCGAACUUCUUGCCAAAUACUGUGACUCACUUCUAAAAAAAUCUGCUAGAGUUGCAUCGGAAGGCGAAAUCGAGGAAAAAUUGGGACGAUCUAUAACUGUGUUUAAGUACGUCGAUGACAAAGACGUUUUUCAAAAGUUUUACGCUCGUAUGUUGGCUAGGAGAUUGAUACACCAACAAUCUCAAUCAAUGGAUGCGGAAGAGACCAUGAUAGAUCGUUUAAAACAAGCUUGCGGAUAUGAAUUUACAAAUAAAUUACAUCGUAUGUUUACCGACAUGUCAGUAUCAACAGAUUUAAAUGCGAAAUUUACAGCCAGUCUCCGAGAAAGAGAUGCGGAUAAUCAAUUAGGCAUUGGAUUUGUGGUAUACGUAUUACAAGCUGGAGCGUGGCCUUUAGGUUUACCAACUUCACCUGGCCCUUUUCACUUUCCACAACAAUUAGAAAAAUCUGUACAAGCCUUUGAAUCUUUUUAUCACGCGCAAUUUAGUGGUCGAAAAUUGACCUGGUUGCAUCACUUGUGCCAAGGAGAAUUAAAAUUUAAUUAUUUAAAGAAACCAUAUUUAGUGACAGUGCAAACGUAUCAGAUGGCUUUGCUAUUUCUUUUCGAACAGUGCGAUGCUAUACAGUGCAAAGAAGCAGCGGCAUCGUUACAUUUAUCUCAUGAUCAAUUAGUUAAACACGCCGUGAGUCUCGUUGAUUGUAAAAUUUUAAAGAAAUCAACUGAGGGCGAUUUGAAAGAAGACACGAUUCUUUCACUUAAUUUCGAUUAUCAGAAUAAAAGAACCAAGUUCCGCGUCACUGCGGCUUUACAACGUGAUGCACCUCACGAUACUGAGGCAACGCAUCGCAGCGUUGAUGAUGAUAGAAAAUUGUACUUGCAAGCAGCUAUAGUUCGUAUAAUGAAAAGUCGAAAACUUUUGAAACAUACUCAACUUUUACAAGAGGUACUUGGUCAGUCUAAAGUUACUUUUGCGCCCUCCAUCGGCAUGAUCAAAAAGUGCAUCGAAGCGUUGAUAGACAAGCAAUACAUUGAACGUACUCCAAACAGUGCCGAUGAGUACUCCUAUGUUGCGUAACCUUAUCGUGAAAGGCAUCACUAAUUUAUUUCCCCGGGAUGUUCCCUUUUUCUUUUGGUUUAUCAUUCUAACGUCAAUAUUAAUUUGUGAAUUUAAAAGAAUUCAUUUUAUUGAUAAUAUAUUCUUUUUCAAUAUAGAAUCUCAAACAGGUAAAAUCUAUAACAAUGCUUUAUGAUCUAUCUUAAUGUCAUUUCGAAAAUCAAAGGGAGCAUCUUGAAAAGCUUAUGUGCUCCUAAAUUGAGCGAUUAAUAUUUUAGUCGAUUCCUUGACUUGUAAUAUAUGCACAUCGAAUAAAGAGGAUGUUAUUUUAA